GAUCUAGCUCGAUUGACAAAGCAAACAGCUCGUCAAAUCGAGCUCUAUCCCAUCCGAUUCCAGCUAAUCGGAUUCCUGUCGAUCCGCGAAACCUUUUGGACUGCGAAUCUUUCGAAAGAUUCCAGGACCAAACAAACCUCGCAUUCCGGCAAGCGAACUCAACGUUUAACCAAACAAUGAGUUCGAUUCCAGGAUAUCGACAAAGUAAUCAGGGAGACACAACAACUCCCUUCUCAUCCAGGAUCGCUAACACCUAUCUGCGCGAUACUUACAAGCUAUGUAUCCCAGAAUACUCUGCUGAUUUCGGCAUUCGUAAACCAAUAUUCGAUCUUCAUCGAAUCAGAAGUUUCGAAGCCGAUCUCUGGAAGCUUCCUCAAGCUCCAAACGAAUCACUUCGAUCCUACGUCAAUAGAUUCAAAGCAAUCAUUGCUAAGAUCGAAAACCCUAACGAGGCAGUAGCUCUACUAGCCUUCCGACACAACCUGUGGUACAAAUCAAAAUUCAGAGAAGAACUAAUCGUUCGACCUCCUGUAUCACUCGACGAUGCACUUCGCUGCGCGUCAACCUUUGCUACUUUUGAAGAGGAGAUCAAUCUCCUCCUAGAAAGACAUCGCAAAGGAAGAUUACCGCAACACUCUCUUUCAUUCGCGAACUCAGUUCUCAAACCGAACCCGAGUUCCGAUUUAGAGAAGUUCUGCGAACAUCACAAAUCUACGGCCAUUCCACCGACGAAUGCCGAGCCAGAGCUAAGGAAUUAG